CCUUGUCUUAUUUCAAUUUCUGAUUUCCAUUUCCGGUCUUCCAGCUUCCAGAUCCCUCCGGCUUCUGCCCCCGCUCCCACUCCCCUGUGACCCUGUCAAUUAUCAGGCUUGUAGGCUGCAACAUAUCCGAUUUGACCAGAAAUGAUGUCGACCUAGUCAUCAUCUACGUAAUUGCACUCUAUAUACGGCGCUCAAGUACAGCUACGGACAACAGUAGCGGAGCUUAUCACCAAUUUCUACGACGGAGUACAGGCAAUGGUCCGCUCCAGCCAUGGCUGCCGACGCCCAUGAUCCUCUUGACCGCGAGGACGCCCCGUUUCUCGCUUCUGCCCCGGAAAGCAGUGCCUCCAGUCGUCAUACAGGGGACCAGGACGACGAAGCGGAACUUAAGCAUGUCUACAACGACGACGACGCCGACGACGAUGAUGACGUCGACGACCGCAAGGGAACCAAAGCAAUUGAGAAAAUCCGCUUCCGCUUCAUGGUUACCCUCUUUGCCAUGAUCCUCGCAUUCGAGGUCGGCAUCGUGAUGGCCAACGGGCCCAUGACUCGCAUCUACGAGUCCAUUGCCUGCCGGCAGUACUACGCCGAGUAUGACCCGCGUCAGAUCGCGGCCGACGGGCAGGUCCCUGAGUCGAUGUGUAAGAUCAAAGAGGUGCAGACGGAGCUGGCGGCCGUGAAGGGGUACAUGGAGUUCUUUGACGGAGUUCUCAGUGCGUUUCUGGCGAUUCCGUAUGGUCUGCUGGCGGACCGGAUCGGGAGGAAGCCGAUUAUCUGUUUGAGUAUUCCAGCGUUUGCGCUCAAUACGGGGAUUAUGUUUGCGGUCAUGUGGUAUUCGGAUAUCUUCCCGCUGAGGGCGGUUUGGGCGUCUUGUCUCGCUUGGGAUGAAAGGGCUGCGAUGUUCUUCCGCCUCGGCGUGGUCAGUAUGGGCGCCGACUUCGCCUCCAGCGCUGUCAGUUCAUGGAUGAUGACGUGGGAUCCGUGGCUCCCGCUCAUGAUCGGCUGGGGGAUUGUUCUGGCUGGAGUUCUCUGCUCAGUCACACUCCCUGAAACCAUGCAUGUUUCGUCCGCUCGGCGUACAGAACGUUCGGCGAGCGUGGAACUCGCCCACCUGGCGUCGGAGAAUGGCGACCAGAAGGGGGCCCCACAGAAAGAGGAACGGCAGAUACACCUUGAUGACAGUGAUGUGGAUAGCGUCGAAGACGAUCAAUUACCAUUUACCCUGCGAUCUGCAGCCAAACGACCCUUCCUGCGGAGGAUGUACUCUCGCAGUCGGCAGUAUUUCACACCUUACUCUUUCAUCUUCCGCAACAAGCAGAUUAUACUCCUCCUCACAGCUUUUCUAGUCUACCGGCUGAGCCGUGGCUCGUCCUGGUUUCUGGUCCAGUACAUUUCGACUCGGUAUAAGUGGACCCUCGCGGAAGCCAACCUUCUCAUCUCCUUCAAACCCGCUCUGACCAUCCCACUCUUCUUAUUUAUCUUGCCCGCACUCUCUCGACAUCUCCUUCGCAGCAUGCCCACCAGCAAGAAGGAUCUCCAGCUGGCCCGCGUCAGCAUUAUCUGCCUCUGCCUGGGUACGCUGGGGAUCGGGCUGUCUCCGUCCAUUGCCGCGCUGGUUCCCAGUCUGCUUGUGCAGACGGCGGGAUCAGGCUUCCUCUACUUGAUCCGAUCGUUGAUCACAACGAUGGUGAAACAAGAAGAGACUGCGAGGUUAUUUACUAUCAUUGAAGUCCUACAGGCUGUGGGUAAUGUUAUCGCCAGUUUGUCCAUCACUACGGUGUUCCAGUUGGGUCUGGAAUUAGGUGGUCCCUGGAUCGGCCUCGCCUGGAUGAUGACGAGUACAGCAUUCGCAUUAGUCGGUGCUGCGGUCUGGUGUUUUGGAUUGCCUCCAGUCGUCGAGGGUAAAAGUGAGGCUGAACUUGCUGAAGUCUGAUCUCAAUGCAUUGUUGGUUCCGUCGGAACGGACUUUAUCAUAGCAUGGCGUUUUGUAUAUGGAUGGCGCGAUUUUCUUCACCAGUAUAGACUUUUUAUCUGUAAUAUAGACAUUUUCACUUUUCAUCCAUCAUAGUUGAACCGAU